GAUACUAAAUCGAUAAUAACAAUCACAUGUUUAAUUAUCUCGGAGGUGUCUCUCAUGGUCAUGAUCUUCAUUUUUACACAUUGUUCCUUGGCAAAGACAUGUGUUAGCAAUUCUCACAUUCACCUGUGCCUGACCUUGUUCUUAGCAAACAUGCUGUUCAUAACUCAAAGUGACAGAAGUUGUAACAAGACUGUGUGUGCAAUCACAGCUGUCUGGUUACAUUACCUCUAUUUGACGGUGUUCGCCUGGAUGUUUAUGGAAGGACUACAACUUUACCUUAUGUCAAUUAACCUGCGGAACAUGAGGGUUUCCAGUUCUACCAUCGUGCAAAAAUUCAAGAUUCCAUUUUGCUAUUUAUCCCCCAUUGUGAUAGUGGUGAUAGCUGCAGCAAUACAUCCAAGUGCAUAUGUGUCACAUAAAUACUGCUUUCUACAGAAAGAAAAUAUUUGGUACUUCUCUGGACCUGUGCUUCUGAUAAUUCUGGUUAAUAUUAUCCUGUUCAGUAGAACACUCUGGAUACUGACUGAGCAGAUUUCUAAACGCAACACUGAAAUAUCAAAAAUCAAAGAUUCCAGAAUGCUGACAUUUAAAAUACUUCUUCAGCUAGUUAUUUUGGGAUGCCCCUGGAGUAUUGGAUUCUUUGCUGAGGAAGAUUCCAGUGGAAUAUUGGAAUACAUAUUCAUUACAACUGUACCUCUCCAAGGCUUCCUAAUUUUUCUUAUCCUGUGUGCUUUCAGUGCUGAGGUGAGGGAAGAAUGUAGGAAAUGGUUUCUAGGAGUGAUGCAAAAGCACAACAUAUCCAACUCAACACUUUAUUCUGGCACCACCUAAUCCAAUCAAUCGGUCACGUGGGGUGAAGCCAAAAUAUAGGCUGAAGAAACAUGAACUACAAGAUUUACAUUUCUUCCAGAAUUUCACUUGUUUUAACCCAGUAUCAAGAACAUUCCAAGUUCUUUGAAGAAUAUAUAUUUCGAAGUGUUUGUUCAUCAGUUUAUUGUGUCAACAAUAUUAUUGCUGGGGUCUACUCUUCUGAUGAAGAUAGAAGGGAAAGGUAUGAUUUUCUUUUCCAUUAGCUAUCAACAACGUGUAGAUAACACCAAGAUGAGAUUUAUUUCCUGUUCCAAUGAUAUGUUAAGAACAAAUCACGAUUCUACGUUUUAUAUAUUAAAAAGACAUUUUGUCAGGAUUCAUCUUUCUCUGAUUCUCCUUUUUAAGCAAAAAAUUCGACUUGAGAAAUCACCUACGUACAGCAGGAAAGGCAAUUCACCAAGUCACUAUUACCAAGACACCUGUAUUUUGGUGUGUAUUUUUUAAUGGAUAGAUGAAUUUGAUUAUAUUGCAUUUAUGCUCUCUAGGUUUUCAUACUUCAAUUCUUUAUGUUCUUCUGACUGUAAAUAAAUAAAAAUGUAUAGUUUAGCUUGCACUUUGUGUUUUGAUGGCAAGUUAUUUCUUCAUCUUCUGAUUGGUGUGACAUGUCAGUGGGCAAUCCAUAUGUAGUCCAAUGACUGAUGCAGGGUUGAGCCUAGACUAAAUAAAAACCAGAAGAACUGUGGAUGUUGUAAAUUAGAAAUUGCAGGAAAAGCUCAGCAGGUCUGGCAGCAUCUGUGGAGAGAGAUCAGAGUGAAUAUUUCAUGUCAAGGGACUCUUCCUCAAAGCCAACCCAUCAACUCUGAAGAAGGGUCUAGACCUGAAACAUCAGCUUUCCUGCUCCUCUGAUGCUGCUUGGCCUGCUGUGUUCAUCCAGCUCUACAUCUUGUUAUCUCUCUCUCUCAAGCCAUCAACUCUGAUUUUUCUCCACAGAUGUUGUCAGACCUGCUGAGCUUUUCCAGUGAUUUCUGUUUUUGUUUGUGUUCAGUCUAGACUAAUCUCACCAAUACCUUUAGCAAAAUAAAGAUCGAGCUGAUUAGUGGUUCUAGCUGCUUAUGGCACCUGUAAUCUGGUCACGAAAAUUAAAGAAGUUUUGGAAAUAACCCUAAACACAGCAGUAUGUAAAAUAAUGUCAUUCAUAUUUAUUUUGACAUCCAGAAAUGACACACAGUUGAUACAGUCAGUUGCUUUGGGGUGCGAAGGGAAAGGCGCAUCAUCAAAUUAUUAAAACUUAGGGGAGAAGGAAGCCAUUCAAUUCUUCAAGCCUGUUCUGUGCAACUCAUUCAAUUACCGCUAAUCUAUCAGUUAAUUCCAUUUACCUGACCUUGGUUCUACAACUUUGACUGCUCUUGCCAAACAUAAACAUCUCAAACGACUUCAUAAAAUGAACUAGGAAAGUUUGUAGCAAAUAUCACAAUACAUUACCAAUGGUUUAUUUGGGUUGGUGAUGAUGGUGAUCACAGCUUGUAAUGAAUGAUAUGAUCCUGAAAAAUUGUUUUCUCUCAAACAGAGUCUGGUGUAAGAAUAGAUUCUAAGACAUGUCUGGAAUGACCUGCAAACAGUUGUUUACUCUUCCAAGAUCAUCCUUUUUCCUCACUGCCUCGGGAGUCACAAUUCAUCCUGAAAUCUGAACACUUCAAAACUUCUUUUGAGUUUGAUCACUGUGAUGAUCCAUUUUCUUAGUAAAUUUCCAUCCUCAGAGUCCCUGAUAGAUCCAGAGUCCAAUACAAGAUAUACUAGAGCACUUUUAUCACACUCCUCUACACUAAACACUCCAGCAGAAUAAUCAUUUCUGUUGAACUGAUUGUCUAGGUCUUCGUUCCUCUCCAAUCUUCCAAUUUCUCAAUCUCUCUGCCCUUUGAAAGGCCUCUGACCAAGUUUCCUCUCUUCACACUACUAAUCUUUGCUCUAAUCUUGGUUAGUUCCUGUGUUGAGAUAGACUUUUGCUCUUUUGUUCUACAUGUUCUCCAGUUCGUUCAGGGCUAUGAUGCUCUUCUGGAAGAGUAGAUUCCACUGAACUAUUACCUCUGACAGGAAAGGGGACAAGUUAUACCAAUUGGAGAUGUCCUUUACCUUUAUUUCAGUUCUUAUGUCCCUUCACACAUCAUCCCCUGUGCAAUUUAGCUUUUGGCACUCCACCUGAUCUCAAAUCCUCCCUUCUGAUUUUUUGCCCCUCUCUGCUUGUUUAAAAUCUGUUGCACCUCUACACUGUGCUACAGAAAUAAAGUGCUGUCUAGUAUUGACUACAAUACAAACUGCAUAUGCGUCCAGCAGUAACUAUGCUUGAAAAGUGGAGUUAUUUCUUUGGUUGAAAAGUGCUUUGGGACUUUUUGGAAGCUGUGAGCAAUUCAAGGUAAUUGCAUUUCCUUUUUAUAUUGGUCUUUUGUUCAAGAACACAUUCACAAUGUAAAGGCUGAACUGUGAGUGACUUAACAUUAAUAUCACAUAUUGCCAAAUAAACUGAACCAUAACAGUUAUUUCUAUGGAACAGCCUGAAACAUGGGCAAGGAAACCUCCUGCUGAAUACCACGUACCAUUCUCUUCAGCUGAUAAAUUAGUACUCCUCCAGGUUGAACAACACUUGGAGGAAGCACUGAAGCUGGCAAGAGUGCAAAAUAUACUCUGGGUGGGGAUUUCAAUGUCCACCACCAAGAGUGGGUCAGCAGCUGCACUACUAAUCGGGUCCUAAAGGACAUAGCUGGGUCUGCAGAAGAUGGUGAUGGAACCAACAAGAGGAAAAAAACAUACCUGACCUCAUCCUUACCAAUCUGCUGGCUGCAGAUGCAUCUAUCCAUGACAGUAUCAGUAGUAAGUGACCACUGCACAGUCUUUGUGGAGCCGAAGUGCUGUCUUCACAUUGAGAAUACCCUCCAUCAUUUUGUCUGCCACAAUCACUGUCCUAAAUGGGACAGACUUCAAACAGAUCUAGCAACUCCAGACUGGACAACCAUGAGGGGUUAUGGGCCAUCAACAGCAACAGAAUUGUACUCCAGCAUGGAUCUGCAACCUCAUUGGACAGGCAUAUCUCCCACUCAAUUAUACUACCAAGCCAGGGGAUCAAACCUGAUUCAAUGAAGGCUGCAGGAGGCAUGCCAGUAGCAGCACCAGACACACCUAAAAAUGAGAUGGCAACCUGGUGAAGCAAUCAAAAAGGGCUAACUUGCAAGCCAAAAUCACGUAAACAGGAAGUGAUGGGCAAAGCUAAAUGAUCCCACAACCAAAAUAUCAGAUCUAUGCUUUGCAUUCGUGCCACAUUCAAUUGGGAAUGGUGGUGGACAAUUAAACAACUCACUGGAAGAGGAGGCUCCACAAAUAUCCCCUUUCUCAGUGACGGAAGAGCCCAACACAUCAAUGCAAAAUAUAAAGCUGAAGCAUUUGCAGCAACAUUCAGCCAGAUGUGCCAAGUGGAUGAUCCACCUUGGCCUCCUCCAGUGGUCCCCAGCAUCACAGACACUCGUCUUCCACCAAUUCGAUUCAUAUUAAGUAACAGUGACAACUGUACUGAAGACUUCUGCUCCAGAACUUGCCACUCUCCGAGCCAAGCUCUUCCAGUAUUGUUACUGGCCUCUAUCCGACAAUGUGGAAACUUUCCCAGCUAUGUCCUGUACACAAAAAGCAGGAAGAAUCUAACCCAGCCAAUUAUUGCCCCAUCAGUCUAUUCUCAAUCAUCAGUAAAGUGAUGGAAGGUGUCAUCAACAGUGCUAUCAAGCAGCACCUGCUCACUGAUGCCCUGUUUGAGUUCUGCCAGAGCGACUCAACCCCUGACAUCAUAACUGCCUUGGUUCAAACAUGAACAAAAGAGCUGAAUUCCAGAAGUGAGGUGGGAGUGACAGCUCUUGACAUUAAGCGCAUUUGACCGAGUAUGACAUUAAGGAGCCCCACCAAAACUGGAGACAAUAAGUAUAAGGGGAAAACUCUCCACUGGUUGGAGCCAUAGUUGGCAAUAAAGGAAGAUGAUCGUGGUUGUUGGAGGUCAAUCAUCUCAGCUCUACCACAGUCAUACAGGAAGGAGUUCGUCAGGGUCAUGUCCUAGGCCCAACUUUCUUCUGUCGCUUCAUCAAUGACUUUUCUUCCAUCAUAAGGUCAUAAGUGGGAAUGUUUACCACUGAUUGCACAAUGUUCAGUACUAUUCGCAACUCCUCAGAUACUAAAGCAGUCCAUGUUCAAAUGCAACAUGAUCUGGACAAUAUCCAGACUUAGGCUGACAAGCGGCAAAAAACGCUUCACACAAAUGCCAGGCAAUGAUGAUCACCAAUAACAGACAAUCUAACCACCACCUCUUGUCAUUCAAAGGUAUUAUCUUUAGUGAAUUCCCUACAAUUGAUUGAUUGAUUUAUUGUCGCGUGUAUCAAAUACAGUGAAAAGCUUUGUUUACGAGCUAUACAGGCAGAUCACAGUAAGUAAGGAUGUACAGAUCAAAAAAAAACUUAGACACAGACAUCCGGGUUACACUGCACAGGGCAUGUGCUGGGCAAGGUCAACGUUAGCACGAUCAGCAUUAUUUGAGGUUAGAGACUCCAUUCAUCAGUCUGGGAAGAAGCUGUUCUUGAACCUGCUAGGACGUGUAUUAAGGCUUCUGUAUCUUCUGCCUGAUGGAAGAGGUUGUACGAGAUCAUUACUGGGGUGCGAUGGGUCCUAACGCGGUAGCGAGCCAUGUAAAUGGAGUCCAUGGAAGGAAGAUUGGCUUCUGUGAUGGUUUGGGCUGUGCAUUCUUACAAUCCUGAGCAGGGCAGUUGCAAUACCACGCCGUUAUGCACCCAGACAGCAUGCUUUCAAUUGUGCAUCUGUAGAAUUUGCUGAGGGACCUUUUGGACAUGCCAAAUUUCCUGAGCCAUCUGAGAAGAGGCAUUGUUAUGCCUUCUUGACCAUCACAUCUGUCUGGGAUGUCUAGGACAACUUGACGCUCUCCACCUUCUCAACCUCGGUUCCAAUGACAUAGAUGGGGGUGAGUUCUCCUCCUUUCUUUCUGAAGUCAGUGAUCAGUUCUUCGGUUUAGCUGCAUUGAGAAAGGUUGGUCUCAUUGCACUGCGUCACCAAGCCCUCUAUCUCCCUUUUGUAUUUUGACUUGUUGUUGUUAGAUAUCCAUCCUACCAUGAUGGUGUUGUCAGCGAACUUGCAGACACUGUUCGUUUGGAAUUUGGCAACACAGUCAUAGAUGUAGAGUACAUUAAAGGGCUGAGGAUGCAUCCUUGAGGGCUCCAGUGUUGAGUGUUAUUGUGAAGGAUGAGCAGUUACCUAUUUUCACUGAUUGUGGUCUGUGGUUCAGAAAGCUGAGGAUCCAGUUGCAGAAGGCGGAGCUAAGACUGGGGUCACAGAUUUUUAAGAUCAGUCUGGAGGGGAAAAUGGUGUUGAAAGCAGAGUUGUAGUCAAUGAGCAGGAGUCUAACGUAGGUGUCCUUGUUGUUCAGAUGUUCCAAAGUUGAGUACAGGGCUAGGGAUAUGGCAUCUGCUGUGGCCUAGUUACGUCAGUAGGCAAAUUGUAGGGGAUUGAGGCAGGGUGGGAGACUGGAGUUGAUGUCGGCCAUGACUAGCAUCUUGAAGCACUUCAUGAUUAUUGAGGUCAGAGCCACUGGGUGGCCACUAUUAACAUACUUGGGGUUACCAUUGACUAGAAACUCAACAUGCCACAUAAACGCAGUGACUACAGGAGGUGGUCAGAAGCAAGGAAUACUGCAGUAAUUAACUUAUCUUCUGAGUCCUUAAAUUCUGUCCACCAUCAACAGGGUACAAGUCAGGAGUAUGAUGGAAUACUUCCGUUUGUCUGGAUAUGUGCAAUUCCAACAACACUGAAGAAGCUUGUCACCAUCCAGGACAAAGCAGCUCACUUGAUUGACAUCACACCAAAAGCAUCCACUCCCUCCACCACCAACACUUGGUAGCAGAAGUGUGCACUAUCUGCAAGCUGCACUGAAGAAAUUCACCAAAGAUCCUUAACAGCACCUUCAAACCCACGACCAUUUCCAUCUUCAAGGGCAAGAACUGCAGAUACAAUGGGUACACCACCACCUGCAAGUUCAGCUCCAACACACUUAUCACCCUGACUUGGAAAUACAUUUCACUGUCACUGGGUCAAAAUCCUGGAAUUCCCUCCCUGAGGACAUUGUGGAUCAACCUUUAGCAUGUGGACUGCAGCAAUUCAAGAAGGCAACUCACCACAACCUUCUCAAGGGUAACUUGGAGCAGGCAAUAAAUACUGGCCAGCCAGCAAAAUACAUACCCCAUAAAGAUGUUUA